AUGCCAGCUGAAGAAGGGGGCCUGGGCUGGAUAGCACUGGCUGAACAGGAGGACCAUGUUGAGCAAGAGGACCCCAAGGCCAUGGAGGAUGCCAAGUGCAAGGAGCUCUCCAUCAACAACGUCCAAUGGCUGCAGAGGGAGGAUCCUGACCUGCAACCACUCAUUCAUUACCUCAAGCAGCAGGAGCUGCCUGACAACCCAAAGCUGAGCCAGCAUGUCAUCCUCAAAGCCAGACAGAUGGACCUCAACAAAGACAGCCUCCUGCAACAUUUCUGGUGGACACAGUGA